UUAAUUAUUGUUAUUAUUAAAUAAUCUCCAUUGACCCCUUUAAACAGUAACCAAAGACAUAAUGAUUCAGACAGAUUUAAAACUUUUCAGCACUACAAACUGUAAAGAAAAAGAGGAAACAAAAAAGAAAAAGCUAAAUGAAUAUCUUUGACAUAAUUAACUUCCAUUCAUCCCCCGGUUUUCAUGCCACAAGUCCCUCUCACCUUCCUGCAGCUAACUACCUCUCUGCCAAUUUUUCUCAUUGAACACCAUCAGACAAUCUGUGAAAACAACAUGUGUUGUCAACUGUUCUUGCUUCUUCCGGUUCUAUUCACAGCAGUGAUAGCAGGACAGGUAAGAAGCGGUAUAGAUAGACUUUGCAAUACAGAUGACCUGAAAGGUUUAACAAGCUUCAAGGCCGGGAUUUGGAUUGACACUUCUGGUAGGCUGGGAAAAUGGGAUUUGAACAAAAGCUGCUGCAAAUGGGAAGGUAUUUCGUGCGAUAAUACUACAGGGAGAGUGACAGAAAUCCGUCUCCCAGGAUUUAUUUCCGACAAUGAUUCUGUUUACCAAUCUCAAAUGGAAGGAUGGUUAUCGCCUUCAAUAACACUUCUUGCCUCACUUGAAGUGCUUGAUCUCGGUGGCCUCAUUGGUCUCAGAGGCAGAAUCCCUCCAUUGAUUGGUUUUCGACUUCCAAAGCUUCAAAAACUCUAUCUUUAUGGCAACAGGCUCAGUGGUUCAGUCCCAAAAAGCAUUGGUAAGUUGGUGAGACUCCAAGAACUUCACCUGCAAGAGAACAGACUAUCAGGAUCUCUCCCAUCUAGCCUUGGUAAUCUGGAAAGUCUUAAUACUCUACUUCUCUAUUCAAAUAGAUUUUCUGGCUCAAUACCAAAAUCAUUUAAAAACUCAAGGAAUCUGGUACGUAUGGAUAUUCAUGACAACUUUCUAACUGGUCAAAUACCACAAAAAAUUGGAGAAUUGCAGGUUCUGCAAGAGCUCGAUCUUUCAAACAAUCUGUUAAGUGGGAAAAUUCCACUCUCAGUAGCCAAUCUUACAGCCAUCUCAAUCAUGUAUCUGGACACGAAUAAUCUCACAGGAGUGAUACCAUUUCCUUCUAGUUCCGGUCAGAUGCCUUCUCUUGGUUUUCUCAGGCUCCAGAACAACCAGCUAGUCGGUAGAAUACCACCAAAUUUCAGAUAUCUGUGCUCUCUGCAGAGAGUUUCCUUAGCAAACAACAAGCUUAAAGGAGCUAUUCCUUCUGGUUUAGGCAGCCUAAAAUCUUUGACAGAGUUGUAUCUUAAUGACAAUCAGUUGUCUGGUCGUUUACCAAGAUCACUAGCUCAACUUUCCCAACUUAUUCUCCUAAACAUUUCACAUAAUUUGAUCGAAGAAACACUGCCUGAUCAGCUGUCUUCCCUCCAAAACCUUCAAUCACUGGAUCUGUCAUUUAACCUAUUAAACUUCUCCUCAAUACCGGUAUGGCUAGCUAGAUUGCCAUCUCUCUCCAAACUUUACUUAGCAGGCUGUGGAAUCAAAGGGCAUAUUCCAGAUUUCUUGGCCACUACUCCAAGCCUCAUACAGGAACUGGACUUGUCAUCUAAUCAUCUAACUGGAGGCCUGCCAGAAUGGCUUGGAACGCUCUCUCAGCUAUAUUUGUUAAACCUCUCAACAAACUCUUUGGUCUCAAAAAUCCCAGAUUCAAUAACAGGCCUGGACAACUUAGGAGUGCUGGAUCUUCACUCGAACAAGCUGACAGGCACCAUCAAGAAGGUCUUUGAGAUAGGAAACAGGUUUGGUGAUGGUUCAUUGACAUAUACUGAUCUUUCAGAUAACAGUUUCUCCAAUGGAAUCGAGCAAAUCAGUCUUGAAGGACAGCAAAAGAUUCAGUAUCUCAAUUUGUCACAUAACUUUCUCAAUGGCAGAUUACCAGAUUCAAUAGGAGAACUCAAAGAGAUGCUAAGUUUGGAUUUAAGCCACAAUAGGCUAGGAUUGAGCUUGCCUGAGGCACUAGCAAAUGCAAGCUUGUUAGAGACACUGAAGCUCCAGAGAAAUCAGUUCGCAGGAAAAAUACCAACUGGUUUUUUGAAUCUGAGAAAGCUUAAGGAGCUAGAUUUAUCAGAUAAUCUUUUGGAGGGGCAAAUUCCCGUUGGUAAACCUCUCAGUGACUUUCCUGAGAGCUCCUUUGCUAGAAACAAAGGUUUAUGUGGGAAGCCUCUCGCUCCCUGUAAGCUUUAAGUUUAUAUGUUGAAAAAUCCCUGUAUGCCUGUAGGGCUUGAGAUUCAGUUCGCAUAUACUUGUGGAUUCAACAUUACCAUAAGAGGAAUAUGUUGUUAUUCACAGUUGUAAAUUGAUUCUGGAAACACAAUUUUCAACCAAAAAUCACAAAAUAUUUUUUUCUAACUAAAAGUAUCAUUAAUAGAUUCCGCAUAA